UCUGCAUCUUGAUCGCAAGGUUAGGGUUUUGUCGUUCUAACACUAUAAAGCCAAGUAGUCUUCCCUCUCGAUUAAUUUCAAAUUGUAGAUCUCACGCUGAAUCUAGGAAGUAUUGAAAGAUGUUCUAUAAUUUUUUGUAUUGCCUCUGAUGAUGAUCAAACUAAUAACUUUCGUUCUUCCGAGAUACCCCAUGCGGAAAAUGAUUGGAGACCUGAACUGAAGAGGCUAAACUAGGUUAUUUGUAAAACGACACUUAGAAAAUUAGGGUGUUAGCGACUGGACAUCUAGGGCGUGGUGGUGCUGCUAUUUUUUUUUUCUUUCCCUGAAAUGGUAUUGAAGCAAAUCUUCAUUUAUUUUUUGGGCACUUAGUCCGGAAGGUGUUUCCAUUGCUAGGUUGAAGUCUCCAUUUACUUAUUUUCGUUACUGCUUUUAUACUUUUGCAAAUUUUGUAUUGCCUCUUAGGAUGAUCAAACUAAUAACUUUCGUUCUUCCGAGAUAUUCCAUGCGGAAAAAUAUUGGAGACCUGAACUGAAGAGGCUAAACUAAGUAAUUUAUAGAACCAUACAUCUGUUGCAGGGUGGCUGGCUGUGUUGGUUUUUUUUUUCUCCCAUCACUAGGGUCUAGGAUUCUUGGUUUUGUUGAAAUUGUUUCUUUAUUUAUUUUGUUAAUAUUAUUAAAUGUUUGUGACUAUUUGAUAUUCUUUCUUUCUUCAGCAAAUGUUCCGCUUUUUCUUUGAAAACAUUUAAAAUUUGAUAGUGUGAAGUUUUUUACUUGAUAUUCUUUUUUUGUAUUUUUCCCGAGAAGUGUCAUUCUUAAACUCAAACAAAGAAAAAAUUUCUCUCUUUGGUGUUGUCCCACAUACCAUUUUUAUCUCAAGCCAGUUAAUCUGUUAAUGUUAUCAUAAUUUUAUUUUUUGAUAUUUUGUGUUGUUAAAGACAUUUGGUUCAUGAGAAAAUGGAAAGAUUUAAUUUAAAGACUAAAAUUUACACGAGGUUUGAUAGGGAGGAGAGAUGGGUCUGAGAGAGGUAGAAUACUUGUUUGGCAUGAGGGAGAGAGGAAGGGAGAGGAGAGAUUGAGGGUCUCCCUCCAAACCUUUAAAAUUCAAUCCCUCCAUAUUUGGAAGGAUUAAAAACAGACCAAAUAAAUUAUAUUCAACACUAUAGUUAUUCUUUAAAAAAGGUAAUAUCUAUGUUAAAAAUGACAAUAUGGUCAUUUUAACAAUAAGGUAAUAUCUAUGUCAAAAAUGACAAUAUGGUCAUUUUAACAAUUAAAUUCCUUUUCAUUCUUAAAUCUGUAUAUAUUUAGUUAUUAAUUCUGGGGUUACAAUGUUAGGUGCGUAUUAUUUUUGUUUUUAAUCAUUGCAUUUAUAAAUGGGAAGAGAUUACUUGAAUUUUUUGAAUUUGAUAGACUUGAGAGUUUAUUUUGACAUUGUUGUGGUACUUCUUGUCCUCUAGACCAUGUUUAGGAUACCGGAUCAUCAGGUUGCUGGCCACAGAGCUAGUAAAGGAACCAUUGGUCCUCUCAUAGAUGAUUUAGGGUGCUUCUACAAGCCUCUACAAAGUGAUGACCGAGGCUCCCAAGAGGUGGCGUUUUAUACUAAGUUCUCUUCCAACACUGAAAUUCCAAAUCAUAUACGCAAAUUCUUCCCUGCUUAUUAUGGCACCAAAGAUAUAGAGGCAUCUGAUGGAUCUGGUCUCCGUCCCCACCUUGUCUUGGAAGAUAUUGUUUCUAUUGGUACUAAUCCUUCUUUAAUGGACAUUAAAAUGGGAUCUAGAACAUGGUUCCCAACAGCUUCUGAAGACUAUAUCAUUAAAUGUCUCAAGAAAGAUAGAAGAAGUACAAGCUUGCCCUUGGGAUUUAGGAUAUCUGGAUUUCAUAUUUAUGAAAGUGAUGACUCUGGAUAUUGGAAACCAGAAAAGAAGUAUGUUCAAGGGUUUAAUACAGAUGAUGCUAGAAUAGCUCUUAGGAAAUUUGUUUCAUCUAAUUCGUCGGAUGAUUUAGUUCCAGAACCAGAUUGUGCUUUUGCAGAAAAUGUUUAUGGUGGUGCCAAUGGGGUCUUGGCACAAUUGUUAAAACUCAAGGCAUGGUUUGAAGAUCAAACCAUUUUUCAUUUCUAUUCUUGUUCGAUUCUGAUGGUGUAUGAGAAGGAGCCAACUCUGAAAGGGGAUAGUGUAUGUGCUACAAUUAAACUGAUUGACUUUGCACAUGUGAUCGAAGGUCAGGGUAUUAUUGAUCAUAACUUCUUGGGCGGACUUUGCUCUCUGAUCAAGUGUAUAUCAGAGAUUCUUGUUAACUUGUCACAUAACUCAGCCAAGUUGUGUUUAGCAAACUCUGAGAAUGACUACACCCGUAAACAGAGAGAGAUUCAUCAGUAAAAUGUUAUUUGCGCAGAGAUUCCCUAAUCAUAGUGCACAGGAAUCCCAAGUGAGAUAACAUGCCUAUGAUAGCCUACUGCUUGUGUUUUAAAGUAGAAAACAAUGGCAGAAACAGCUGAGCUUACAUGGCGGUUGGUUAUUGCGGCUUGCAUAGAUCUUGUUCUAAAAGUCUCUUUAAAAGGGCUGGUUGGCAUCCUUGUUGGUUUAUAUGCCAUCUUCUUGAUUCGUGCAUCAGUUCUUGGAAGACUGCUGUUUUGACCUUUCGUUGAUUCAGUUAUUGGAAGUUCUAGCUUCACCCAUAUUUCCUUUAUUUCAAUAAACAGUGUAUUUGAUUGGACAAUAGCAUAUAAACAUCAGUCAUGUAACAAAUUUGCAUUGAUUUCAUUGCUCCUCUUAACUGAAUAAAUGUAUUAUUCAAGAUCA